AUGUAUCAGAAAAAUUCACGUCAUGAUACAGUCGAUGGAUAUUCAGCAUUGGAUUUUAUCGUUUGUGUGGUUUAUGAUAAAACGAAAGAUGUCUAUCUGAUGAGUAACUAUCGACAUCGAAAUGGUCUUUGGUUUUUGUUCGCAGAACGUCGUCCGAAUGAGACAUCGAUUCAGACAGUCAAACGUCUACUUGAUCCACUUCUUGCUUAUGAUGCAGAUCAAAUUCAACUUGUCAAAAUCUGCUCAACUAAAACUCUACCAUUCAAAGGUCGCGAUGUUCUUUUCUAUGCGAUCAUUCCAAAGUCAACCACAGUGAUCAACGUAUGGUCAAGUGGUAAAGUUGACGGAAUCGAUUUUGAGCGACAAUUAAAUCUUCUCUCUGAUAACGAAACUGUUUGGUUAACAAAUAAUCAGCUGAAACAUCUUAGCAAAUUUUCACGAUUGCUGGGGAUUGAGCCGUUGACUCUAAACAAACAAUUCAAAGAUAUAUUUCAUUCGGGAAUGAAACCGACGAAUGUAAUAUUCGAAGAAACAAAAAUACCGCAAACGGAAACAAUUCCGAAAUCAAAUACAGCAGAGAUCUUACUUUUAUCAGCGAAGUUUACACUGACGAUCCAAGAAAAACUCUAUGAAGAGUAUCAUCACACAGUUGUACCAUCUGAUUAUCUAAAUUUUGAAACAUUCAAGCAAUUACUUCGACGUAAAGGUUUAGAAUCUUCCGAACUAUCCCAUUAUUUUCGUGCUUUUGACUCGACACAACGAAAUUAUUUAACCUACGUUGAUUAUUUACUUGGUUUAGCUGCACUUGAUCCGAGUACUCAACAUGGCGGUGUACCUGCCGAACAACGUUGCCGAUAUAUCUUUCGUUAUUACAAUCUUAGUAAUAAUCAACGAAUGACCUUCGAAGAGUUUAAACUAAUGAUUAAAGAAAUUCAUAAAAAUAAAGGACAAAAUUUGGUCGGCGAAGCGUUGAAUGAGGAAGCACUACAAAUGUUUCGCUCGUUCGGUCUUCGAUCCAGCGAGCAAACUUUAAGUCUAAUGGAUUUCUUGUCUGGCGUUGGUCAACUUCGAUUUCGUGGAACAUCCGUUCUGUUUCGAUUGAAUACAUCGUUAACUGAAUAUUUCAAACGAACAGCUUCUCCAGCAUCUAAUGCAUUGACAAUACAACCAUCCGUUUCGAAUAUAACCACAUCAAAUCGAACGUUGAGCACAAAAGCAAUGUCGAGACGAUCAACUAGUACGCCGACUUCGCCAUCAUUGCCAGCUAUAUCAAAUAUUUCAAUUCAUGAACCUCAUCCCUAUGAAAUUGCUACUCACAUUGUGAAAGUUAAGAAAACAGGUGUCGUGGUGGACAUAACAUCGUUGUAUGAUAUGGAAAUAACUGGAGCGAUUAGUGGUAGUACAGCUCUGUUUUUCGAUGAUGAUCAUAUAAAAUUUGAUCGAAUAAAUAGUCAAGAUUGCUUUAAUCAACGUACACAUGCAAAUGAAAUGCUGAAUGGAUUAAGAUACUUCGAACGUGGAUCAAAAGAAGGUGGACCAGCACUGAAAGAUCCAUAUACAUGGGGAAAAGUUGAUAUGUCUGCCAUGGCUCGUUGUUUAUUAGUUUUGUGUAAACAGAUCUAUUCAGUAUUUGCUAAGGAAAAUCGUUUAUUACGAAUUUCAUCGGCAUGCUAUAUCCUGGGUGAUUUACAUGGAAAUUUUCGUGAUUUGAUUUGUUUCGAAAAAACCUUUUGGCGACUGGGACCUGUAUUGACGCCUGCAUCGAUACUUUUUCUAGGUGAUUACGUCGAUCGAGGCCCAGAAGGUGUUGAAGUUGUUGCUUAUCUCUUCGCACAAAAACUUCUAUGUCCACAUAAAGUUUUUCUUCUCCGUGGAAAUCAUGAAUUACGGAAUGUUCAAGACAUGUUUCAAUUUCAUAGUGAAUGCCGCCGUAAAUUCGGUCCGGAUCUUGGCGAACAAGUUUGGGAAGAAAUCAAUCGUUGUUUCGACGCAAUGCCCAUCUGUAAACACUUUGAAACAUUGAAUUCAUCAUCUAGUGUUUUCUAUAUACCCACAGGCGCUCUAGUUGAUAAUCGUAUUCUCUGUGUUCACGGUGGUAUCCCUUCAUUAGACAUGAAAAACGAUUUUUUUAAAUUAGUUUCUCAAAUUCCAUGUCCGUUACGUGAUCCAGAAAAUGAAUCAGCACUUGCCUGGGAAUUACUAUGGAAUGAUCCUUUAUCGAAUGAAAUUCAAGACUUAGAACCAGAUAAUAAUGGAUUCAUAACCAAUAUUCGUCGAGGAACAGGAUAUUUCUUCUCAUCGAAAGCACUGAAUGAUUUUCUUCAACGAAACUCGCUAUUAUAUGUAGUACGCGCACAUGAAGUUCAGCAACAAGGCUUCAAAGUUCAAUUGAAUGGUCGUUUAUUAACCGUGUUCUCAUCGAGUCACUAUUGUGGUGGUGAAAAUGAAGCCGCAACCGUCCUUUGUGACUCUAAUAAACUUCGAUUGAUCCGUUUGGAUACAAGCAGUUGA